GCAAAUAAAGCAUUAGGUCAACUAAGUAUGCCUUCACCGAAUCGUCCAAUGCAUGGUUUGUUUGAUCGAGAAUUGCAACGUGAACAACAGUACAAUAUCAAUGAGUUGCAAACAUUUGUGAAUUGGAAUUUACCCAAAUUGAACGACCAACAAAAACAUGUUUACGAUACCAUUAUGCAAGCAGUACAAAAUUAUGUUGGUGGAUUGUAUUUUUUGGAUGCGCCUGGAGGUACGGGUAAAACAUUUGUGGUAUCAUUGAUUUUGGCAGCCAUUCGGUCACAACAAAAAAUUGCAUUGGCACUUGCUUCGUCAGGAAUUGCUGCUACUUUAUUGGAUGGUGGACGAACAGCACACUCAGCAUUAAAAUUGCCGUUAAAUGUGCAGGUGAUUGACAAUCCCACAUGCAACAUAUCAAGAAAUUCUGCAAGGACAAAAGUUUUGCAGCAAGCAGCAAUUAUUCUAUUGGAGAAUGUACAAUGACCCAUAAAAAAUCUCUGGAAGCAUUAAACAGAACAAUUUAAGAUCUACGUCGCAAUCAACAAUCAACAAAGUUCCAAAGUUGAUCACUUUGCCAAACAAUUUUUGUACAAUUCUACAAU